GUUGAUCACAGAACUGAUCCGGUCAAAUUUAUGCCAGGCAAAAACUUCCUUGGCUGGCAGGACGUGGCAGGUAUCACGAAGGAUCAGCCUGAUGCCGCAAUGGUACAGAGAUAUGGCGACGCCAUGGCUUGGAUUGAGCUCGACCUCGUAAAGCAGUAUGAGAGGAAAGAGGGUGGGUGGCAGCAGGCUGAGAUGCAACGUCCGGGUGGCAAACAAGGCAUACUGUAGGGAAAGAAGCCGCCGAGAGGGGUAGAACAGCAUGCAGAGCGGUUUCUUUUCCGUUAGCUUGCUCUUUCAGCUAGCCACUAGAUAUGCAGUAAAUAAAUGAUAGUACGUGAAUGGCAUGAGCUGGCUGAUAAUCCUGACCAACACCCUGCGGGUUAUGCCGCAGACAGAAUCAGCCAAACCAAUGAGAGAGCCCUGAGGCUGAAUAACCCCUCCCUCAGAUUCAGGCUGCAAUGCACGCGACUGCCUUUAUUGUUGUACAAGGAGGGUUAAUGGAGUAUGGAGCUACUGAACAAUUGGCUUUGUUCUCGCCUUUUUCGUGCGCGGUGCCGUCAGACCAUUCACAGAAAUCCUGGGCGUUGCUUGCGCAUAACUUGGCCCUAAUACUAUUGAGAGAAAUUGCUUAAACUGAUUCUCUUCUUUAGUGUGUUUUCAUGACGUAUAAUGUUAGUAAUUGUCAAAUCUUAGCCCUCCUCUAGCAUCCCAAAGGGAG